GUGAGUUGAUAACAUUUGUUAAGCAACAAGCCGCGUGCGGCGCAGUCGCGCGCGCGCGCAAACGACUCCCGCCCAACCAGGCAGAAACACACGCGCGCAGGAGAUCAAAUAAUAUAGAUUAAAUAUAUUUUUUAAUUCGAGACCGAUGUGUAGAAUGUUUUUAAAGUGACAAAUGGUGUGUGUUAAAUCGUGAUGUUGACAAAAUGUGGUUUGCCGGGCUUUUGUUGUUGCUAAAUGAGGUUGUUGCGUACAACAACAGUCUUCCUAGGUUCGGUGAAUUGGGCCUCCACUACCCUUCGCGUAAAUCCAAUGUGCGUCGCCAACGAGCUAUUUCAGCUACAACACCUUUCCCCUGUGAGGAGUCCCUCCACUGGGGUCGUAGCAAGCAAGUGCCCACCAGCGUACACAAGUUGCGGCCAGGAGAUAUCGAUGUGGUAGCAGCUAUUGGAGACUCUCUGGUUGCUGGCAGUGGAGCCUUGGAGGAGUUCGCACUGGGCGCUGUAGUGGAAUAUCGAGGUGUAUCCUGGUGUGCCGGUGGAGAUAGCACGUGGCGUGAGUUCCUAACAUUACCAAAUAUCUUAAAGGAGUACAACCCAAACCUUCGUGGCUACUCUUCCGGCACCGGCGAGUGGUUGGCCAAGAACUCAAGACUCAAUGUUGCUUUUCCCGUCGCUUCAGACCAAGAUGCAUAUAAACAGGCUAAGAUACUUGUAGCAAGAAUGCGCUCAUCGCCCGAUAUAGACGUGUCGCGCGACUGGAAGAUGAUCACCGUGUUCAUCGGUGCCAAUGAUCUUUGUUCAGCAUCCUGUCUCUCACCAGUUUCCUGGUCACCGACGGCUCACGCCAGGAAACUUGCUAGAGCCCUCGAUUACUUCCAAGAACAUUUGCCGCGGACUAUAGUUAAUUUGAUUCCAGUUUUGGAUGUAUCUGUAUCAGUUCGUGUACAGCGACCGCUAAUGUGUCGGUUGAUGCAUCCGCUCUUCUGUCGCUGCUUCCACCGCGGUGGUGGGGAACUUCUUGACCUCGUGAAACAGGCAAGACGUUAUCAAGCCGCUGAAAUGGCUCUAAUCGAGAGUGGAAGGUACGACACUCGUGACGAUUUCACAGUAGUUAUACAACCAUUCAUGCGUCUAUUCAACGCCCCGAUGCCUCCCACUGAGCCUCUGCCUCAAGUCAUACACCAGUCUUACAUCACUCACGACUGCUUCCACUUCUCCCAGAAGGGGCAUGCCCUUGCUGCCAACCUUCUCUGGAACAAUCUACUUGAACCUGUGGGAAAUAAAUCAGAUAACGUUCCUCCCGUGUUGAUGAACUCUUUCCGAUGUCCAUCCCGUCAGGCACCUUACAUCUUUACCAACAAGAAUUCCCAGAUGUUUUAUCAAACAGGAAGACAGGAUACGUGACAUUAAAUUAUUCAAAUAUAGGAUUUCACAGGAGUAUGUAAUAUCUAGCUAUUUAUAUAACAUGUGCUCCUAGUUUUAUAAUAUCUUAUUUAAAAGAAGUAUAUAGCUCGGAACUGUUUAUUUAUUGUUAAAUUUGGCUUUUGUAACACAUAUAAUGGGUCUUAGGGGACUUCAAGAGACAAGCAUCACUGCCUUAAAGGCCGGUUACGCACAUGCAAGCCGCCUGUGUGCAGGUGUCCAUGGAAGGCGUCUGCUCGUUUAAUAAGACCUAAAGACCCCUGACAAUAUUAACAUGAAAGCUGUUGCAAUUCAGUUAAAGAUUUAACUAUCCAAUUAACGUGCGACUUAAGGAAGCAAAAGCACAGUUAAAGAUUUUACUAUGUCUAGAUUUCACCACACCAACCUGAGCUUAUGCUAUAUAUAGGAUCUUUUAACCGACUUAACAAAAGGAUGUGAUAUUGUUUUGGAUGUUACUUGAGCAUAGAAGAUGACUUAAACAGUAACAGUUUCAUGAAAUUCGGUAGUAUUUGACAUAAAGUAAUAAGUAUUUAAAAUUAGCUUCAAUAGUAUAAAAGUACAAGGUUUCGAUUGGUUAUGUAAAUACAUUGAAAUCCUUACAACAUUUUUUAAUAAACGACUUGGAGUACCGGCUUUAGUGCGGUAAUUAUGAUUUAUUAAUUUCUUAUUAUCCAGAGAUAAUACUUUUUUCUAAGAAAUUUUAUUAGAACUUCUGUAAAAUGUUAAACAAUGUAUAUAGUUAUAUAAUAAAGCCAAAGCUAUAGAUAAUAUAAAUCUAUGUCAAAGCAAAGGCCUAGUCUGGGACUAGUCCAUUACUUUUUGCUGUUAUUUGUCUUACCUUCGUUUUCGUAAUGUAAAUGGUUUUAAUACUUACUACUACUUACUUACUUACUAUAGUAGUUUUUGUUACAAACAGCGAGAAUAAUUUAUUGUAAAUGUCUACGAGAUCAUAUCAGUCAUUUACAAUAAAUUUAAUUGUGACGAAUUACGUGUUUUUUUUUCAAAAUAAUUGUCAAUGACCACGCUUUGAAACCUCUUAAAAAAUUCAGUUCAUCAACUAUUGAUGGUGGGUAAUGGAUGUAUGUAUAUCCAUGUUAUGUAUAGUAAGUUAAAUCAAUCGUUAAAUAGUUUGUAUGUUGGUUUUUAAGUGCCAUUUGGGUGAAUGUACAUAAUAAUAAAGAAU